AUGGCUACAGUAGCUUUAUCAGGUCAAUUGGCCAAUAAGAUUAUAACCAAGAAUGGUGCCUUGAGCAUUAUUUAUAUAAAGUCAUCGUCGUAUAGUACUGAUGGUAAACCAAAUCUUGCUGCGUACAAACGAGGAACGGGUGGUCGCAGUAGUUUUAACGGAAUAGUUGCCACUGUCUUUGGUUGCUCCGGGUUUGUGGGAAGGUAUGUUUGCAACAAGCUUGGCAAAAUUGGUACACAAAUGAUAUUACCAUACCGCAGUGAUUUCUAUGAUGUCAAUAGACUUAAAGUAUGUGGUGAUCUUGGUCAAGUUCUGUUUACCCCAUUUGAUAUCAGAGAUGAAGAAUCCAUUGCGAAGGCCGUUCGUUACUCCAAUGUUGUUAUAAACCUGAUAGGACGCGAUUAUGAAACUAAGAACUUUAAAUACAUGGAUGUCCAUGUUGAAGGACCAAGGCGCAUUGCAAGAAUUUGCCGUGAGAUGGGUGUGGACAGAUUCAUUCAUGUGUCCUAUUUGAAUGCUGAAGAAAAUCCAAAACCCUUAGUUAUGAAAAAGCCAUCGAUGUACAAAAUCAGCAAGUAUCUGGGUGAGUGUGCUGUGAAAGAAGAGUUUCCAACAGCCACCAUAUUUCGCGCAUCCGAUAUUUACGGCUCCGAGGAUAGAUUUUUGAGAUCUAUUGCAUCUGGCUGGCGUUCUCAUGGCCACCUCUUGCCCGUGUACAAGAAUGGCAUGGAAACUGUGAAACAGCCAGUCUUCGUGUCUGAUGUGGCCCAGGGCAUCGUUAACGCCGCUCGCGAUCCUGACACUAGAUGUCAGAUUUACCAAGCCGUUGGGCCAAAGAGAUACCUUCUGGGCGACCUUCUCGAUUGGUUCUACAAGUUGAUGCGUAAAGACAAAAAGUGGAGUUACAUGCGCUACGACAUGAAAUACGACCCGAUACUUUUCCCUCUCCGUGUGGCCGCCGCUAACAUCCUCUCGCCGGCCUAUCCGUUCGGCGGUUUGCACUGGGAGGCCUUGGAAAAGGAGUCCACAACGGACCGAGUUGAGCCUGGUGUACCCACUUUGGAAGACUUGGGCGUGGUGUUGACGCAUAUGGAAGAUCAAGUGCCAUGGGAACUGAAGCCCUUCCGUGCAUACCAAUAUUACAUAGACAAGCUUGGCGAGUUCCCUAGACCUCCGAACCCCAAAGUGCAAGCGUGU